UCCCACAAGCGCAUCACUCCUCAAAAACACUACACAUACUCAACAAACAGCUUGGAUCUCAAACAAAACAACCAACAAAGAAGAUGGCCAAGAAAGUAGUCCAACUGAUCGAAUCACUCAAGGAAGAUCAAGUAUACUUCACAUUCGAAUAUUUUCCACCCAAGACGAUCGAUGGAUUGUCGAACUUGUAUGCCCGAAUUCAAAGGAUGGCCAACCUCAAACCGAGCUGUGCCCACGUCACCUGGGGUGCAAGCGGCUCGACCUCAGAUACUAGCUUGGAGAUCGCCGCCAUGGUCCAGGAUCAACUCGCCAUCCCUGCCUGUCUCCAUCUCACUUGCACUAAUAUCCAACGCACCCAUCUCGAUCAGACUCUAGCUCAAGCCAAGGAAUCCGGAAUUGUCAACAUCUUGGCUCUUCGAGGUGACCCCCCCAGAGGGACUGAACACUGGAUCCCCACGGACCAUGAAUUCCAACAUGCCAUCGAUCUAGUCAAAUAUAUCCGCAAAGAACACCAAGACCAUUUCUGUAUCGGGGUUGCUGCCUAUCCUGAAGGGACCACCGAAUUCGAUCAAGACCAAGAGUUAAAUUAUCUUAAACAGAAAGUCGACGCUGGGGCUGAUUUCGUUGUCACCCAAUUGUUCUAUGACGUCGAUAUCUUCCUUAAUUGGGUCAAGGCUUGCCGGAACUUAGGAAUCAAUGUCCCAAUCAUUCCAGGCAUCAUGCCCAUCCAAAGCUAUGAUGGCUUUCGCCGGCUGACGGCGCUCUGCAAGACGAAUAUACCGGAAUCGAUUCACAGUAAACUGAUUCCGAUCAAGGGGGACGACCAAGCCGUGCGAGAUUAUGGGGUAGAACUUUCGACGCAGAUGAUCAAACGACUGCAAGUCAACGGCUUCAAAUCGUUCCAUCUAUGCACGUUGAAUCUGGAACGGAGCAUCACCAGGCUCGUCAAUCAACUCGGCUGGUCACCCGGAGGGAUCAAACAUUGUCAGCCCUUAUUAGGACCUAGCGUGAAGAUCGGGACGGCUGAAAUCGUCCAAGGCGGACUCUCAGUCGGUUGGGAUGAAUUCCCCAACGGUCGAUUUGGUGACCAACGUAGUCCGGCCUUCGGGCUUCGUGAAGGUUAUAGCUCGAGUCUGACGAGCGCCUUUUCCCAUCUGACAACCGAUGUCCAUGCGCUAUGGGGUACCCCAACUUCUCUCAAAGAUAUCACCCAGAUCUUUUGCGCAUUCACCCAAGGAAAACUCCCCUCGACGCCAUGGUCCGAAGAGCCUCUAGCACUUGAAACCUCAUCUAUCACCCCCUUCCUCCUCAAGCUCAAUCAAAAUGGAUGGUGGACAGUCGGCUCUCAACCGGCUAUCGAUGGUGCUGAUUCUUUGGAUUCGGUCGUCGGAUUCGGACCCCAAGGCGGCCGGGUCUACCAGAAAUCCUUCGUCGAAUUCUUCGUCCCUCACGCCCAUCUCGAAGGCCUCCUGUCGGCCGUAGAUGAUUACAAUAAAGAACAUUCCGACGGCGUCGCCCAGUUGCGUUACUAUGCUGGGAACUGUAACCAAGAUCAGAUCCGUAGUAACAUGGCCCCUGGUGAAACUAAUGCCGUCACUUGGGGCGUCUUUCGAGGCGCUGAAGUGGUCACUACUACUCUCAUCGAAGCCCAGAGUUUCAAAACUUGGAAGAAACAAGCAUUUGAGAUUUGGAACGAUUGGGCAGAAUCCUUCGAGCCGAAUUCUGCCAACCAAAGACUGUUAAACCAGAUCGAAGAUUCGUACUGGUUAUGCAGUCUGAUUGACCACGACUUCAAGCAACCCGAGCACUUGUGGUCCUUUCUGAUCGCCCACCAACAGCGCCUUUUGUCCCACCAAUCUUUAUAAACUCGUUCUUACCCCUCCCAUCGCCUCUUGGUCAUAUACCAUUUUCUCUCGAUCAUUCUUUGUAUUCAUUCCUUGUUGGUGAUAUCUCCUCAUCUUUCAACUGGCUGUUCCAUGCUCAUUUCUUGUUUCUCUUUGGUAUCUUUCUAUGCCUUGUUUUAUGUACAUCUCAACUGGAUACGUGUUCCCUCUUUCUCUCCCCCUUUUCUCCCCUCAAAUUGAACACCUAUCUACUCAGUUGUGUCACCCCCCCCCCCCUUUCUUUGCUUAUAUAAGUUAUACCUCACCUUAACCUUUUUUUAGAAAAAAAAAACG